UUUAUUGAAUUUGAACGCACCCCUUCGACUGAUGAUAAAUGAUAACAUUGACCUAACCUCAAAAGUCAACAAAAACAAUCUGAUUUUCUUUUUAAAAUUUUAUUAUUUUAUAAUAGUUCUUCAAGAUGGACAAAUUCCGUAAAAUGGAAGACGAAAUGAGCAGGUUUGAAGCCGAAAUUUCAGGUCAAGCGUUAAUGAAUAAUGGCUCCUUUGCAGGAGGCUUUGCAUUGCCAGGAUUCGGAAAUAUUCCGCCUCCUCCUGCUCCUCCAAUGUUAAUACCUCAUCAAGUGAAAAGUUUCAGAAGGCCAAAUAAUAGUUAUGAGACAUAUGCAGCACCAGUUGUUGCUCAACCCGCUGUGGUUUCUGCCAAGCCCACCCUCUACACUAUUCCUGCAAAGUCUAAUGUUACCUCUUCAACCUCCAAUCAAUCUUCUGUUGAUUUCAUGGCUUUGCAAAGUGAAGUGGAAAAAAAAUUGAAGAAAUUGAAAAAUGAGAAAAUAAGUGCUGAGGUUGCCAUAUCGCAGGGUAAAGCUAGUAGUGCUCUGCAAUCUUUUGGUCCAGACGAUUACAAAAGAAAAGGAAGCAAGAAUAAAAAGCUCCUUAGAGUUGCUGGGGGACAGACAUGGGAAGAUCCAACUUUGGCAGAUUGGACAGAUGAUGAUUUUCGAAUGUUUUGUGGAGAUUUAGGGAAUGAUGUUACUGAUGAACUUCUUACAAGAACUUUUAACAAGUUCCCUUCUUUUCUUAGGGCUAAAGUAAUCAGAGACAAGAGAACAAAUAAGAGCAAAGGAUAUGGCUUCAUUAGUUUCAAGGAUCCAGCAGAUUUCACGAAAGCUAUGAAAGAAAUGAAUGGAAGAUAUGUUGGGAGCAGACCUAUAAAACUCAGAAAGAGUACUUGGAAAAACAGAUGUGUCGACGUUGUGAAGAAAAAAGAAAAAGAAAGGGCAUCUCUGAUGAAUCUCCUGACUUCAGGCUCUGGACGGUAGAACGUUUGUGUAUAACAUUGUAUAUAUUAGGUAAAGAAACAAUUUAAGCUUAAGUGAAUAUAAUUGAAUCAAUAUGUUUUUUGUAUGACAUGUUAUUGGAAUGAAAAUUAUCAAUUUCAUUAUUGUGAAAAAUAUGUUGCUUAAUAUACGUAUUUAUAAGUGUA